AUGUCCCGGAACAUUGUGUUGUGUUUUCUAGUGCUGAUUGCAUUCGGGUGCACCGUCGGCCGUAAGCUGGAGUGUAACGAACAUCGGCAAAAUGAGUGCGAAAUCUCCAACUUUACCAUCGUGGAAUCGAUGGAUCUGUCCGAGUACGAGUUUCCCGAUCAUCCGCAUCUUGCGUUCGGUACCUAUCCACACUCCGACGAUUCUACGUACGUCGUCGCUAUCGACAAGGAGCUAGCCGAUCGGCUCCAGUCAACGGAGAAGCUGGAAAUUCAAAACGUUUCCCUGCAGACGAUGGUGCUGUGGACGAAUCUACGCUCGCUCGAUGCAUCCCACAACUACUUCUUCGAGCUGAUCGUUGAGCCGGACCAGAACUAUCAGCUGCGCGAGCUGAACCUCAGCUACAAUCGCUUCCAGUCAAUCGACUUCGUGCAAGCGCUGCCCGCCCUGCGUACGCUUGAUCUUCGCCACAACUAUCUGGAGUCGCUUAGCUUCUCGCUGUUCGACAUGGCCACCGAGCUGUGGAAGCUGAACCUGGCCAACAACCGCAUCCAGACCAUCUCGACCGAUGGGUCACUGCAUCUGCCGCGCCUUUCGACCCUGCUGCUGCAUGACAAUCUGCUGAGCGUGCUGGACGCUAGCGAGUGGAGGUUCAGCAUGCUUCAGGAACUGAACGUGGCCCGUAAUCGAUUGCGCUAUCUGAGCAUGUGCGAGGUGAACCAUUCCUUUCCCCAUCUGCAGACGCUCUACAUGGACGAAAAUCGUUGGGAGUGUGGACACCUGAACGCCACCAUACGUCAGCUACAUCAGCUCGGGGUCAAAGCGAUGGCGUACUAUGACAAAGAGGACCAGGAGCAUUGUAGCAAAACCAUCGACGAAAUUUGUUGCUAUUAGAC